AUGGCUCCUGCCCUCGCGUCUGAUCCGGUCUCGCAGGCUGAUACUCCCAUGACUGAUACAAAUGACGACACGGUCCCUUUCGUGCCUGUGGAUAGUGUCGACGCGCAAAUGACGGACUCUGACACAAAUCCCAACACCACUGCAAGCAGCGUUGCGGGCGACGCGGCGGCCGAUGGACGUAGGCGCAGAUCUGAGGCCAACCACCUCAGAAAAAGCAUCCUAGGCAAGAAGCAUGGCCGCCUCGAUAAUACGAAGGAGGAUGACUCGAUUCGCCGAUUCCGAUACCUUCUUGGUCUCACUGACCUGUUUCGCCACUUCAUCGAGACGAAUCCAAACCCUGAGAUCAAGCAGAUUAUGGCGGAAAUCGACCGACAAAAUGCUGAGAGUGAGGAAAAGGCCCGCAAAGGCUCUAAGCGCUCUGGGGGUGCUGGUAGCGAGCGGCGCCGCAGGACCGAACAAGAAGAAGAUGCAGAGCUGCUACAAGAUGAGAAGCAGGGCGGCGAUAGCACCACCGUCUUCCGAGAGUCGCCAGCCUUCAUCCACGGUGAGCUACGUGAUUACCAAGUUGCAGGCUUGAAUUGGCUCGUUUCGCUACACGAGAACGGUAUCUCCGGUAUCCUGGCCGAUGAGAUGGGUCUUGGUAAGACCUUGCAGACGAUCUCAUUCCUAGGCUAUCUACGUUACAUCCGUGAUAUUAAUGGGCCUCAUUUGGUCGUCGUGCCGAAGUCAACCUUGGACAACUGGAAGCGAGAGUUUGCGAGGUGGACCCCGGACAUCGAUGUCCUGGUGCUCCAAGGUAACAAAGAAGAACGCCAACAGUUGAUCAAUGAGCGCUUAGUCGAAGAGGAGUUUGAUGUUUGCAUCACCAGUUAUGAAAUGAUCCUCCGCGAGAAGUCGCACCUCAAAAAAUUUGCCUGGGAAUACAUCAUUAUCGACGAGGCCCAUCGGAUCAAAAACGAAGAAUCAUCGUUGUCGCAAAUCAUCCGUCUUUUCAACUCCCGCAAUCGGUUGUUGAUUACUGGUACUCCGCUGCAAAACAAUCUGCAUGAACUGUGGGCUUUGCUCAACUUCCUUCUCCCAGAUGUCUUCGGCGAUUCCGAGGCAUUUGACCAGUGGUUCUCAAACCAGGAUUCCGAUCAAGAAACUGUGGUGCAGCAACUCCACCGUGUUCUCCGCCCUUUCUUGCUUCGACGUGUUAAGAGUGAUGUCGAGAAAAGUUUGCUGCCGAAGAAGGAACUAAAUCUCUAUGUUCCAAUGUCUGAAAUGCAACGGAGGUGGUACCAGAAAAUUCUAGAGAAAGAUAUUGACGCUGUCAACGGCGCCGCCGGGAAGCGCGAGUCCAAGACUCGCCUGUUGAACAUUGUCAUGCAACUGCGGAAGUGUUGCAACCAUCCCUACCUGUUCGAGGGAGCUGAACCAGGUCCUCCGUAUACGACCGACGAACAUCUUGUUUUCAACUCGGGAAAGAUGGUCAUUCUGGACAAACUUUUGAAGCGCAUGCAAGCAGAUGGUAGUCGCGUGCUUAUCUUCUCUCAGAUGAGUCGUGUACUGGAUAUUCUGGAAGAUUACUGUUGUUUCCGAGACUACAACUACUGCCGUAUUGAUGGUACCACGGCACACGAGGACCGCAUUGCUGCUAUUGAUGACUACAACAAACCCGGAUCCGACAAAUUCGUUUUCCUUCUUACCACCAGAGCGGGUGGUCUGGGUAUCAACUUGACCUCGGCCGAUAUCGUCGUUCUCUUCGACAGUGACUGGAACCCGCAGGCUGAUUUGCAGGCCAUGGACCGAGCUCACCGCAUUGGCCAAACGAAACAGGUCAAAGUUUUCCGUUUUAUCACAGAGAACGCUAUUGAAGAGAAGGUUUUGGAACGAGCUGCUCAGAAACUGCGCUUGGAUCAGCUUGUCAUUCAACAAGGUCGUUCCGGACAACAGGCUGGCAAAGCAUCUUCGAAGGAUGAUCUCCUUGGCAUGAUUCAACACGGUGCUGCUGACGUCUUCAACACCAAGGGUGGAGAGGGACGCGAGAUAUCCGAAGAUGAAGAUAUCGAGACUAUCCUGCGUAAAGGUGAAGAACGAACCGCAGAGCUCAGCAAAAAGUACGAGACCCUCGGCAUUGAUGACUUGCAGAAGUUCUCCUCUGAGAGUGCAUAUGAAUGGAACGGCAAAGAUUUCACCGAGCGGAAGAAGGAUAUUGGCAUCAGUUGGAUCAACCCAGCCAAGCGUGAGCGCAAAGAACAAUUCUAUUCCAUCGACAAAUACUACCGCCAAGCCUUGGCCACUGGAGGCCGAACUGCCGAUACAAAGCCCAAGGUUCCACGUGCUCCUAAACAAAUCACUGUCCAUGACUGGCAAUUCUUCCCUCCUGGUCUCCAUGAGCUCCAAGAGAAGGAGACGGCCUAUUUCCACAAGGAGAUUGGUUACAAGGCUCAAUUGCCUGAAGGCCCCGAAGAGGAGCUCAGUGAACGAGAGGCUGAGCGGGACCUUGAACAACAGGAGAUUGAUAACUCUGUCCCGCUUACCGAGGAAGAGCAAGCCGAGAAAGCUCGUAUGUCAGAAGAAGGCUUUGCAACCUGGAAUCGACGUGAUUUCCAGCAAUUUAUCAACGGAUCUGCCAAGUUUGGUCGCACCGACUACAAGGGUAUUGCUACUGAGGUGGACAGCAAGGAGCCCAAUGAGAUUAAGGAAUAUGCCGAAGUCUUCUGGCGCCGGUACACCGAGAUCCAGGACUAUCCUAAGUACCUCCGAGUCAUCGAUCAGGGCGAGGAGAAGGUGCGGAAGAUAGAUCACCAGCGGAAGAUGCUCCGCAAGAAGUUGGAGAUGUACCGCGUGCCACUUCAGCAGCUCAAGAUCAACUACACCGUGUCCACCACCAACAAAAAGGUUUACACCGAGGAUGAGGACCGAUUCUUGUUGAUCAUGCUGGACAAGUAUGGAGUCGAGGGUGAGAACUUGUACGAAAACAUCCGUGAAGAGAUUCGUGAAUCGCCUCUGUUCCGAUUCGAUUUCUUCAUGCUCAGUCGCACGCCCGUGGAAAUUGGUCGCCGCUGCACUACUCUGCUGAACACCGUCGCGAAGGAAUUCGAGCCCAGUGAGGGCAAAAGCCGCGGUCGCGAUCGUGAGGAGGAGGAAGAGGUGGAAGAAGCGCCACCUGCCAAGAAGAAGGCUAAGAACGGAACUGUUCCGGCCAAACAGGUCAAGGCCACCAAGGGUGGUAGCAAGACUGCCUCUGCCGCAAGUUCCCGGGCUCCCAGUGCUGCUGCAACUAAGUCUAAGAGUCGCAAGAGGGACACCCCGCGCUCUAGCCAUCCAUCCUCAAACUUCUCAAACCAAACCUGGCCCACCCCCACCAUGACGUCUAGAAUCAAACUCAUCGCAAACCCGCACUACAAGAAGUCCGGCACGAAGUCGUACUUGCACGCCAUGCGCAAGUAUCGCUUCACGCCAACCAAGGACGGCCCAUAUUUCCUUGGCACCACAAUGGUACAAAGUGGUCGACAGUUCACUGAUAAGCCCGUGGGAGGCCGUGCUCGGUUGCAUCAGGUGCUGCAAAAGAAGGACGUUGCUAGCGAUGAGGUCGGGCAAGUGGGUGCCCACGAUGUGCAGAAUGACUCGAUGUAUCUUGCAGAAGUUGCUAUUGGCACACCUGCGCAGACGCUCAGUUUGGACUUCGAUACUGGGUCUGCUGAUCUAUGGGUCUGGUCCACGGAGUUGCCGUCUAAGACUUUGUCGGAGAACAAGAAUCACACAAUCUUUGAUCCGACCAAGUCGAGCACGUUCAAAGAGAAAGAUGGCUCUACGUGGCAGAUCAAGUAUGGUGAUGGCUCUUCUGCAUCUGGCACGGUCGGCAACGAUAAUGUCAACAUCGGCGGGCUGGUUGUCAAAGGCCAGGCUGUUGAGGUCGCUGACAGAUUGUCCGACCAAUUUGCACAAGGUGCUGGUGAUGGUCUGCUGGGACUUGCCUUUGGUAAUAUCAAUACUGUCAAGCCCCAGGCCGUGAGCACGCCUGUGGAGAGUAUGAUCUCGCAAUCCGACAUCCCGAAGUCGGCUGAGCUCUUCACUGCAAAGUUGGGGUCAUGGAGAGACUCCGAUGAGCCGGAUAAGGGUGAGUCGUUCUAUACGUUUGGUUAUAUUGAUCAGGACACGGUGAAGGCCUCUGAGGCAGAGAUCUCCUACACGCCCAUCGAUAACAGUCAGGGGUUCUGGCUGUUCGAUUCUGCAUCAGCGACGGUGAACGGAAAAUCGGUUUCUCGGGCCGGCAACCAAGCUAUUGCUGAUACAGGGACUACUUUGGCGUUGGUGGACGAUGAGACUUGUCAGGCCAUUUAUGAUGCUAUCCCCGGGGCAGAGUAUGACAAUGACAGCCAAGGAUGGAUCUUUCCAUCGAACACACUGGCUGAUAAGUUGCCUGUUAUAUCUUUUGCUGUUGGGGACAAGCAGUUUGUUGUGCAGAAGGAAGAUCUAGGGUUUGCUGAGGCUAAGUCUGGUUAUGUCUAUGGAGGUAUCCAAAGUCGUGGUAGUAUGACCAUGGACAUUCUGGGUGAUACCUUCUUGAAGGGCAUUUAUGCAGUCUUCGAUGUCGGCAAUCUUCGCUUUGGUGCUGUGCAGCGAAAGGAGCUGCAUCAGAAUCUCUCCGUGCCUUCUGAAUCUAGCUAG